AUGCCAACGUAGGCACAUCUGCCAUUGCCUAGCUAUUUUUCAACAUGGCCACCGGUUUUUGACAUCAGCUAGCAUUCGUAGCUCUUCUCAAUGGAUUUAAUUUGAGCUGACACAUAUUUUCCAUACAUUUUAACUCCACAACUUUAGCAAAAAGUCAUAUCGAACUAAGCAAGCCAGACGCUUUCUACAUUAUCCGGCCUGUGUCAGUCAAAAUGGCAAGCCCAAGGACUAGAAGAGUUUUGAAGGAAGUGAGAACUCAGGAGGAAAACAACCUUUGCUUUGAGUGUGGGGGCUUCAACCCUCAGUGGGUUAGUGUUACCUAUGGGAUCUGGAUUUGUCUGGAGUGUUCUGGCAAACACAGAGGCUUGGGAGUGCACCUUAGCUUUGUGCGCUCUGUUACCAUGGACAAGUGGAAGGACAUUGAGCUGGAGAAGAUGAAGGCGGGAGGGAACGGAAAGUUCCGUAUGUUUCUAGAACUCCAAGAUGAUUAUGAUGCCACUUGGACCAUGCAGGACAAAUAUAACAGCAGAGCUGCUGCACUUUUCAGAGACAAGGUUGCAACCAUUGCAGAAGGGAAGGAGUGGUCUAUUGAAGCUUCCUCUGCCAAGGACUGGACUCCACCCCAGCCCAAGACAGGACUUUCGUCGUCUCAUCGCUCAGGGGGCCUGGGGCAGAACUCGGGCAAACCUUCAGACAAGGCCUUUGAGGACUGGUUGAGUGACGAUGUGAACUCUUAUCAGAGUGGUGGCAGUUAUAGUGGGAAUCAGGAAAACCGUUAUGUUGGCUUUGGGAAUACGCCGACUCCAGAGAAGGAGGAUGAUGUCCUGAACAACGCGCUCUCUUCCAUUUAUUCGGGCUGGAGCAAUUUCACCAUCGGAGCUAGCAAAAUUGCUGCAGUUGCCAAGGAUAAUACCGCAAAACUUGCAACUUCAGCAACCCUAAAGUUAAGGGGCUAUAAGCCGCCCCCAGAGCCGGCCACAGAGUUAGGACAGACAUUAAAUGAGAAUGUUAUCAAACCUACCCACGAAAAGGUAAAAGAUGGCAAGUUGCUAGAUGAAAUGUCCGUCAGCAUUGCUGGGCUGGCAUCCAAGGUCCAGGGCGCUGGUGCAAAAGGCUGGAAAGACAUGAGCGACUUCUUUGCUGGAAAGCCAGAGGACGGGUCAGAAGGAGAGAGCUACCAGAACAUGGACGCCACUGAGGGUUACCAGGGCAACUCCUCAGGCCCAGAACCAGGCCAGGCCCCUGCGCAGGACUUCUGGGAGACCUUUGGGAGCACCAGCUCCUCCAAGCCCAAGAAGUCUCCAAGCAGCGACAGUUGGACCAACGUCGACAACUCUGCCACAGAGAAGAAGAGCUCUGACAGCUGGGACAACUGGGGCUCGGAGGUAGCAACCAACAACAAACACAGCACUGGAGACAGCUGGGAGGCCUGGGACAACAACUGGGACAACAGUGGCAGAGAGACCAAAGGCAAGAAGAGCCCUGCUGCUGCCCCUGACAAACCUGCUGAGGAAACCUGGGACAAUGCAGACUGGUAGAGGCUUCUCACUCCCUCUCCUCACCUGCACUAUUUCUCCCUUUUUCUCUAUCCCUCCUUGCCUUUUUUUUUCCUUCACUGCCUUUCCUUUUUUCUGGCACUUUUACAGUUGCACAGUCCUGUCUCUAACCUGGGCUGCGCUCAAUGCCAGUUUUGUGGUGUUAUUCCUCAAUAAGAAUCAAUUGAAAGUAAAUUGAGCUCCAUGCAUAUGGAGUAUACCUGAAUAUUCACAAACUUUAAAGCAGUCUAGUGUUUUAUUUUUGCUGGAUGUGUGUAAAUAAAGUGACCUUUAAUUGCAGGAGUUCAAAAAUCAAAGUGAGAGCAGGGGAAUAAUCAUAUGUAAUAUUUAAAGUUGUUUCCAUAUUAGAAGGCAAGGUGCAAUCUUGGUUUUAUGACUCUAUAGCAGGGCUAUUCAACUAUAUUCUUACAAGGGCCAGAUGUAAAGAAAUAAAGGUUAAUUGCAGGGGGGCUGGAUAUUUCCCAUGCGAUUAUUCUAAGGAGACACCAAUAAAGACACUUUGUCCAAUUUUAAAUGUUGCCAAAAGUAAUUAGAAAAGAAGUGGAGGGUGCCUAACCAAAGUGAGUCUAGGUGCAACCACUUUUUCUUUAUAUAAUUGAUAAAGAAAAGGUACAAUGCUUGCUCACCAUUUAUUUAUUUAAACCACUAUUAAAAGCUUCUUAAAAGUAAUUAGGCCAUUAGAAAAUCAUCCAACUAAGCAUUUCAAUAAAAACCAUUAAAAAAAUAAAGUUAAUGCCAAGUAUUCUUUGAAUUUAUUUCCCUCAGUCAUUAGGUGCAUGUUUUUGUCAAUCUUUUCUAACGAGUCCCUGUGAGCGUCAGCGAGGGAAACAGAAGUCAUGUACGUGUUCGUAGCGUUCAGGAAUGGGGUCAUAAUAUUUUGUAGCUUAAACCGUUCAAACACUAGAGACAUUCAUAUGAACAAAAAAUUAUCAACAUGCCACCGAUGUGCUAAAAAUGCCCAAAACUACACUCUAGACAACCACAACGCUGCUUGUCAUUUUGGCUGGGUUUUUUUUUUGCAGAUCUUUUAUAAAUGUUCAGAAUUGAUCAAAGGGCCAGUCUAAUUUAAUAAAUGGGCCGGAUCUGGCCGGCGGGCCACCAGUUUGAAUAGCCCUGCUCUAUAUUCAGGCGUUAAAGUAAUUCUAACUAAAGAUGGCAGCAGUCACCUACUGAACCAGUGUCUAGAGUGAGAGGAGCUCACUGGUUGGCCCAUGAGAAACGGGGAUUUCCACUUUGUUGCCACAUGAUGCAUAAUGAAGUUGACUCUAGUGUGUUUGUCAUGUAAAGCCAGCAUCCCUGGAUUGCACCCCAACAGUGCUUUAAUUUAAUUUAGUUUUACCAGGCAAGUCAGUUAAGAACAUAUUCUUAUUUUCAUUGACUGCCUGGGAACAGUGGGUUAACUGCCUGUUCAGGGGCAGAACGACAGAUGUACCUUGUCAGCUCGGGGGUUUGAACUCGCAACCUUCCGGUUACUAGUCCAACGCUCUAACCACUAGGCUACGCUGCCGGUGUUGAAACUUAGACAAAACGUUCUGUUGUCAAUUUAUGACUGCAACUAACCUUGGUAGGAUGUAGUUGCUGGUAAAUGUAGUAGUUGGAUUCAUAUGAUGCAAGUACAUUAUUUGAACAAUUUUUUUGAUCUUAUACAUUCUUAGCCCUCUUUUAAUUGAAACCCUAAGAGAAGACUGAGUCAGUACUACUUGGUUAUUUUGAUGAACAGGUGAAGUACAUUUUGGUAUAUAGGCCAUCGUAAAUAAAAAUGUGUUUUUAACUGACUUGCCUAGUUAAGGAUAAAUAAAUAUAUACAACCCUGUCUAAAGAGGUUGAUAGUAUAAAAGUACUAUUCCACCACUCAAUCAGUGGUUGUUGAUUGUAUUAAUCUCAUCUGCUAACUGUAAUAUGAAUGAUCAUGUGUUCAUUUAAUGUACAGUAUGUAUGUAUGUUAAUCUAACAUGAUUGUGUGAACUGGGAACAUUUGUUUUUGGGGUAACUUAUGCUUAAUUGCAUGUAUGUAAUACUGCCAAACCUGUGGGACCACCACAGCAGCCUUCUGUGACCUCUGAACUUCAUUGACCCGUAGUGGGAUCUAGUCUGUUGUGUCUGUCCUCUUAACACUAAAAGUCAACGCUUUCUUAGUGCGCUGAGCUUUUCAGUCUCAGUGGUAAGUGUUGCAUCUGAAUUUGUUGAUCUCCAAGUAUGCAUGUUUAUGAACUCAAAUGUUGAAUCAAACGACGGUCAAAGAACACAUCUCAGGCCAUUCAUGUAAUCUUUAAAGGAAAGUUUGAUAUAAAAUUCAGAUUUGUGCAGUGAAUUUCUGACACUCAUUCACUUCUCAAGGAGUGAUGUUGAAUACUGCUUAUUUGAAAGCAAGCUAUUUGCUGGACUCCUAAAAUGAGCCACAUGUUUUACAUGGAAGUGCAGAAUAAGGUGGUUCCAGAGAUUCACUCCAAAAUCAGCCAUGUAGGCUUGGCUAGGCCUAAUCAUGGCCUUGUUCGAGUUAUGCAUGUUUUGAGUGACUUUUAAGGUCACUUUUAACAGAUUAAUUAAAGUUGUUUGCAAUCUCCCAUUGUAAGGAGGUGGAACCCUCAAUUUCACCCCUGUAUGUGUGUGAGAGUGAGGCGUUGCUUAGAUAAUUAUUCUACUCCUGAGAAAGAUGACGAGGCUACUAUUUCUUAGUUGCACCAGAUUGUUGGCAUUUCCUUCCCCUGGCUUUUUUUGGUGGAACCACAGUUUAUGGGCUGAUGCGGCAUGGCAUGCAUUGUCUUGUGUGAAAGAGAAGUGCUUCUGCUAAAAGGGCAACAAAGACCAUCUGUUAAGAGUUGCAUGUUUUCUGAACAAAAAAAUCAUAAUGACUGGAGAUGUAAACUAGGAUAACUGUGCAAUGUUUGUGUAGUAGUGCAUCUUCUGUAAUAGUGCUCCAUCUCCCCUGCCCUCUAUUUUAAUGUUACCAGCCUUAGAGCUGACCUGUCUAUUGAUAAACCAUUGUCCGUUUGGUUUGAAGUGUGUGUUCUCCCGUCUUAGCUGGACAGCAUGUAUGAUAAAAUAUUAAAGUAAAACGAGGUGCUGCUGUUUAGUUUGCCUCCAUAUUUCUUAUGCUUUGUUGAUUUUUUUUCUUUCUUGUACUGUAAAUUUUAUGAAGACUUAACAUUUUCAGUUAAAACUAAUCAGUCUAGUGGAACCAGCUUGAAGGUGAACGUAGUGAUCAUGCUAGUUCCACCAGGGAAAAUCGCAUCUUAUACAGUCCCAAAAUGUGUUUAUUUAUUAUCAAUGAAUUCCAGUGCUUUAAAGGAUGUUUAAUGUUAUAUCCUAUUUAUAGAUCUACAAAAUCUCACAUAUCAUGUGGUAUGUGUGAAAUAUAGGCCUAAAAGAACUAAUCACAAAAGUACUAUAUGUGCUCUUUGUCUUCAUGUUUUGAUUGUCACAUUGGAGAUUGCAACCCACAAUAUUUUGUAGAUAUCAUUGUUCAGUCAAAUUGCUAUUUUUCGAUAUUGUAAAUUAAAUGGUUAUUGCAUCCUAAUGUAACUACGGUUUGAAGAAACAAAUAGUUUAAGAGUAUUUUUAAAAACACAAUUGGUAUUUGUAAGUGCAUUGGGCGUUGGCGAGUUUUCUUUGAGUUCCACUAAUUUAUCUGUCUAUACACGCGUUCUAUAAUGGUGAUUGAUUGAAGAUCAUUUUCUCCAGUGCCCUUAACCCAAAUGUAAACCAUAACAUUACGGUAGACUUGACCCUUAUAGUACUGUACUCUAUAAAUACUCUAUAAAUAUAUAACAGUUCCGGUUGUGGGUGUAUUUCUGUGCACCACCUGUUGUCUGUAUGCUAAAUAAAAACGUAUUACAUGUA